AAAAAUUUAAUUGAAGUUUUGCAUGUGCUUAAGAACGCGUUCGAAUUUUUAUCCAAAUGUAUUCCGAUAAUUUUGUGUUGGUGUAAAGUUUCAAGAAAAUAAAAACUAAUUAACAACAAUGAAACGCACACUUUGGGGCAGUAUUACCGAAAAGCACGAAGAAACACUUUUCAAUAAACUCGUUUCACAAACAGUAAAACAACAAAAAUUAAGUGAAGCUGUAAAAAAUAAACCCAAACCAAAGGAACUUCAAGUGUCUGUUAAAGUAAAGAAUCCUUUAGUUACACAAACAAUUGAAGUCAUGAAACAAACUGAAAUGUUGCAAUCUCUAAUUGAUACCUAUUCCAAUAAAUCUGGUUCCAAUAACUAUCUACUUAACCCAUGUCAAAUGAUUCCUCAAGUUGAUUUUCCACCUGAAAAUGCCACCGAUUUCGUUAACGAUGAUAAAUUCGCCAAACCACUUUGGUUUAUCCCGCCAAAUCAAACCGAUUUCACACGAGGUGUACCCAAAGAAUAUCCCCAAAUCAAUAGAAAAGUUUGCAAGGAAUCACUUCGAAAAGCAAUUUGCGGUCAACUGUGCAUCGCUGGUUUCACAGACACCGCGGAAAGCGCUCUGGUCUUGUUUACUGAUGCCCUUGAAGAGUUUAUCAGAAAUUUUAUUAUGCAAAUUAAAGAUAUCCAAACUAAUGAGUACAAAGAUAGACAAUGUUCAAUUGAUAUCUUGACACUGGAGAGAGCCUAUUAUGCUUUGACUAGCACUUCACUAACAGCAAUUCAUAAUUACUUCAAGAACAAUCUAAUUGCUCGUAAUCGUUCUGAGAUUCGAGAAUUCCGUGGAGUUCUACAAGAAUACGAUAAAUUGAUGAAAGAAAGUCUAGACUUUACUGGAACUGGUGUAGCAUCGGCGCAGGACAAUCCAGUACCUUCAACUUCUUCUGGUCAUGUUGUUGGUUAUAUUGAAGGGCAAGAUCACAUAACAGUGCAGAACUCAAGCGUUUUUAGUGUGCAUGGAAAGAUUGUUGAGGCGGAUAGCACCCAAGAGGAACAAAUUCAUUACACAAAUGAACCGUCUUCAUCAACUGAUCAAUAGUUUUAAGUUAGUAAUAAAAUUAAUAUUUUAGAUUUACGUAUA